AUGUCUGUGGAGGUGGCUGAUCUGGUGGAUAAGUUGGGGCGCGCGGUGCUGCAACGAGAUGAGAACUUGCGGGAAAAGUCCAAGGCGCAGGCCGUGCGGCUGAACAAGGUUGAAACCGACCUGCGCGGCGUCACUGAGGAGUGCACUCGCUUGCGGAGGCAGAACAAGACCUUGAGCGACCAGUUGAAGGAAGCCCAGAGAAAGGCGAGAUUCACUCCGCCCCGGCCGGACGGUGAGGUGGUCGAGGAUAGUGAUGAGGAGUUUGAGCAUGAACUCCUCGCCUUUGAGCAGAGGUUCACUAUCCUGGAGGAGGGCCCUGCCGGCCUAGAUAUCCUGGCCAGCAACCUCUCCAAGGACAAGCAGAACCUGGAAAAACGCCUGAAGCAAUCGCAGGAGACCGUGCAAUCCUUGACAAGCUCCGUUGAAGAAUGGAAGCGCUUGAGCGAGGAACAGGACCUCCAGAUUGCGGACCUCAACGUCAAGCUGGACCAGAUGAUGCGCGACCACGCUGCAUUGCAAGAAGCCAUUGCACAGAAACGCCGUGAGAUCGAACAGCAGGUGGCGGAGGAGAAGGCUCUGCUGGAGGCGAAAGUGCAGGAGCUGCAGAUGGAAUGUGACAACGCUCGGGCUGUGGCGGACGGCAUGGACAAAGCCAGUAACCGCGUGCAGAAG